AACCCUAGAAAAAUUUACUUCUAGGAUAAUCGAAUCAAUCCAUUUUCCUUUGCAUUGAUUUUCUAGGUAAACAAAUAGGACCUCAAGCUCUUUCCUUUUUCCUUUUUCCUCUUUCUAUUGCUAUUCUGGUAACCUCUCUGCUUUUCCUGUUGGACCUCUUUUUUCUGUUUCUCGCGAAAUGUGAAGCUUUAUUGGUAAUUUGGUGAUCAACCUUCGGUUGCCAAUGAAGAGCAUCAAGCCCUUGCCGGAGGCUGUUCGGAGUACAGUACGAUCUGGGGUUAUUUUGUUUGACUUGACUAGGGUUGUUGAGGAGCUCAUUUUCAACAGCCUGGAUGCUGGUGCUUCCAAGGUCUCUAUAUUUGUAGGCGUUGGGACCAACUAUGUCAAAGUGGUUGAUGAUGGAUCUGGUAUAUCUCGGGAUGGAUUGGUGUCUUUGGGAGAAAGAUAUGUGACAUCAAAGCUUUAUCGGCCAGUCAAUUUGGAUGCUGCUGGUGGAAGCUUUGGCUUUAAGGGAGAAGCAUUGGCCUCUAUAUCUGACGUCUCAUUGUUAGAAAUAGUAACAAAAGCUCAUGGAAAGCCAAAUGGAUACCGCAAGGUCAUUAAGGGAUCCAAAUGUUUGUACCUUGGAAUUGAUGAUGAUAGGAAAGAGGUAGGCACAACAGUUGUUGUUCGUGAUUUAUUUUACAAUCAGCCAGUUCGGAGGAAGCAUAUGCAAUCUAGCCCCAGGAAGGCCUUGCACUCAGUCAAGAAAUGUGUACUUUGCAUUGCCCUGGUGCAACCAAAUGUUUCUUUCAGUGUUGUAGAUAUUGAAAGUGAAGAUGAACUUCUAUGCACGAAUCCUUCCUCAUCUCCUUUGCCACUAUUGAAGAGCAAUUUUGGGAUAGAGGAUUUUAGCUCCCUUCAAAAAGUGAAUUCAGUUGAUGGUGUGCUAAAGCUUUCUGGCUACAUUUCUGAUCCUCGUGACAGUUUUGCUGUUAAGGUCUUCCAAUAUGUCUAUAUCAAUUCCAGGAUUGUCUGCAAUGGCCCCAUCCAUAAGUUGCUGAAUAAUUUGGCUACUAGUUUUGAGUGCUUAGAUCCAUCCAAGGCUAAUAAUGGGUCCAAGAAAGGAAAAAGGAUUAGGUCUCAAGCGUAUCCAGCCUAUAUUCUGAAUAUAAUUUGCCAUCCAUCUCUUUAUGAUUUAACCUUUGAACCAUCAAAGACACAUGUUGAGUUCAAGGAUUGGAAGCCAAUACUUACAUUCAUUGAGAAGGCCAUUCAACACCUCUGGGGGAACAGUUUAAAUUCUGAUAGAUUUCGAAAAGAAGCAACAUGCAAGGAAGAUGACAGCUUGCCUGUAACAAAGGAUCUUCUUGGAGAGGGAUUCUCAGUGGGGUCAAAAUUCACAAUAAAGAAGUGCAGGACCCAAAACAAUCAACCUACUUCUGACCUUCCUAGGCCAUAUGAUAAAAUUCAACUUGAGGAGUUCCAUAAGAAUGCAGAACAAUUUAGAGAGCAAAUGGCAGGCUAUUCUUUUCAGUCAUGUGAUAGUUCCCUUGCCAAAUGCCCAGAUUCAGUAAGCCAAAAGAGUGAUGACCAUAUUUCAACACCCCAUUACAAUUUUUUGUCCACAGAUGUCUACUUGGGGAACAGAAUUGAUGCUUCUGAAAGAUCAAACCGUCAUGCCAAGAGCAACAGUUUAAGUUCAAAAUUGGAUUAUGAUUCCUUCAAGUUUGAGAAUGAUGUAACCAAUGAACUGGCAGGGUUUUAUCAUGAACUUAGCAAUGAAUCAUUGUUCAGGAAGGAUAUCAGAAAGCCUUUUCUGCAAAGCUGCUCAUCACGAGAAAGCCCACCAUUUGAUGGGACUUUUUUUGAAAGGGAGAAUGGAAUUGAAUCACCUAUUAAUAGCUUUACAACUAAAAGGAAGCUUGUCUGCCCUAGUGAAGGAUUCAACAUUUUGGAAGUUAAUGUCACUGACCAGAGAUUUGACUACCUUUCAAGAAAUAUGUGGCAUGAUAGUGCAUCAUAUGCAAAGAUGGACAUUGUACAUGAGGAUAAUGAUAAGAUCCCUAGUGAUUUCAAUAUCCUGACAAGAACUUCUGUAAAGCCAUUCCUUUUGUAUGGAGAUACUUCUUCUGAAGAGUAUGGUUUCCUAUCUGAUUCAGACAUUCAAGUGGAAAACACUGGUUCUAGAUUUCAGUCCUUAAGAUCUGAAUGGUGUUCUGUAACCUCAGACCCCUUUGAACACUUUCCCACAAAAGCAUUUGAAGGGAGCUUGAGAUCAGGUGAGAGGGAUUACUGUUGGCAUUCUUUUGAUAUUGAAGAAAAAAAGUUCCAGUUUACCAAUGAUCUUAUGUCAAGGAGCUCUAGCAAGGGAAACUGCACCUUUAGUUCCAAAAAUACUGGACUAGAAUUUAAGGAAUAUGCUGAUUCUGGUAGAGAUUGCUGCAGAUCUUUCCAAGAAUACAAUCUAGGUGAUAAAUUUUCUCUAGGAUAUUCUGAUGUACCAGUUGAGGAGGAAGACUGGUUUUGUUCAGAUUUGCAUGGUAAAGAUUACAAUAAAGACUGGUUUUGUUCAGACUUAUGUGGUAAAGAUUACAAAAGUAUUAAUGAGUAUGAAAGCCAAAGAGAUCAGUUUGGACACCAAGAUAGUGAAAGAAACCCUGUUCCUAGAGGAAGAUCAAGAAGCAAUUCAGCUCCUCCAUUUCAUAGGCAUAAAAGCAGGUUUAUCUCCUUAAAUAAUGGUCUGCCAAUAGCAGCAGAAGCAGCUGAAGCAGCAGAGCAACCCACUUUUGUUGAAGGCCAUGAUGGGUUUACUUCUCUAGAGACUGGUGAGUUGAAGCAUUCCCAGCAGUCUUCUGAUCUGGGUUUGAAGCAAAGUUUUGCAGAGGAUAGAGAAAAUGUCACUGAUGAGCUUGACACCAUGUUGAACAUAAAGAGGGUUCAAAAAUCUGAAAAUUUUGAACAACCCCAAUGUCUGGAGGAUCUUGAAGAUGUUCCAGGGAAAGAAUUUUUCUCAGAGCAAAACCAGGAUCAUGUAGAUUCUGGGACCAAAUGGCGGAAUGGUUGUGCAUGGAUCACCCCAAACAAUGAAUCAUGUGAUGUUCAGAAUCAAGAUAACAUACUGGACAUCUCUUCAGGAUUCCUGCAUCUUGCCACUGAUUCUUUAGUUCCAGAAUCUAUCAAUAAGAAUUGUCUUGAAAAUGCUAAAGUUUUGCAGCAAGUGGAUAAGAAAUUCAUCCCAAUUGUUGCUGGUGGAACACUUGCUGUUAUUGACCAGCAUGCUGCAGAUGAAAGGAUCCGUCUGGAAGAACUUCGUCAAAAGGUUUUGUCUGGGGAAGCAAAGACGGUUACCUAUUUGGAUACUGAGCAGGAGCUGAUCAUGCCUGAGAUUGGGUAUCAGUUACUACACAAUUAUGCUGAGCAAAUAAAAUAUUGGGGUUGGAUCUGCAACAUACAUGCUGAAGAUUCAAGGUCCUUCAAGAGGACUUUAAACCUUCUCCAUCAACAGCCAGCUGUUGUCACACUUAUUGCUGUACCCUGCAUUUUAGGUGUCAAUUUAUCUGAUGUGGAUCUUCUAGAAUUUCUUCAGCAGCUUGCUGAUACAGAUGGAUCAUCAACAAUGCCUCCCUCCAUUCUUAGAGUCCUCAAUUUUAAAGCAUGCAGAGGUGCUAUCAUGUUUGGUGACUCCUUGCUGCCUUCAGAGUGUUCCCUAAUUAUUCAAGAGCUAAAACAGACCUCCCUGUGUUUCCAACUCUGCAGCAGCAUGGAAGGUUCUCAUAUUGUCUUGACUCUUGAGUGUUACAAUGCAGUGUGCUCAUGGGCGACCUACAACUGUCCCACUUCUGAACUUGGAGGAAUUGCAUAAGCAAAUGGCAAAGCUUGAAGCAUUGGACGGUCAUUCAAGGGGGUCAUGGCAUGGGUUACGUCGACAUGGAUUUAGCAUUGAGCGUGCUAGCCAGCGUUUAUGCAACAACUAGAGGUCAACUGAUGACAAGAAAAACUUGUAAAUCUGCACACAUAGAAUCAUAGCAGCACAUUUUCCAUACAUAAAUGACAAAUCCAUUGUAAAAUCAUUCAUUCAUUCAUUCAUUUCUGAUGUAUAGAUUAACAAUCAACCAUGGUCAGCGGCCAUUGACAAUAUUUCUCAUAGGAGCCUUUACGGUUUAACAUAGCAGACUGGUUGGUUCUAUAAUCACAAAAUUAAUCACAAUUUUCCAU